UUCUUCCACUCAUAUAGCAAACAGAAAAGUGGGAGUGUUCAUAGCGGAGUCCUGCAAAAAGUCGCCGAUUUACUUUACCUUUUUCGCUUCAAAGCCCAGAUUCUCUCAAUGCUGGAAAAGAUUACGACGCCGUUUGGCCAUUCCAAAACGACAUCGCUUUUAUUUUUAUUUUUAUUUUUAUUUUUAUUUUUAUUUUUUCCCGUGUUCGGAUUGGAGGGGCGCGGCCUCCCUCUUUACAGAAAGAACAAAAAAAACAGAGCAUAAACUCAGAUUUCUCAGAACACAAAACAAAACUAUCCUCGAAUAGAAUUUAAGACUCUUUCGCAAAUUCUAGGUUUAUAUCGGCACUCCCAAGAUUUUUGUCUUCUUAAAAUUUUUCCUUUCCCUGUUUGGCUGCCGAGGAAAAAAAAAACCACAUUGAAAAUACAUCAAACUCCCUUCCUCCACACUUGGCACUUGCUUCUUCUGUGCUAUUCGACCUUUCUUCUUCUUCUGAAUAAAAACUAAGUUUCAGCUGUCCAACACUUGGUUGAUCUCAUUCCUUUGCAUUUUUUUUUCCUUCCCUUCUGUGUUCUUCUGGUUUAAAAGUAACCCUCUUUCUCUGUGAAAAGGACGGUUUUGGUUUUGGGCGGCCUUGGGAAUCUUUGAAUGGUCAUUGUUUUGCUUCUUCUGGUGCGCUGUCGCUUUUUUUUUUCCGUUCUUUUUAAAUUUUUUGUAAAAGUCUUAUUUGAAUGUUUCUACAAUGGCGGAUUCCACGAAAGUGAGGCUUGUAAGGUGUCCAAAGUGUGAAAACCUUCUUCAGGAGCUCGCGGAUUACUCUGUUUAUCAGUGUGGUGGUUGUGGUGCUAUUCUUCGAGCAAAAAAUAAAGAUAGGGACACAGGUACUUCAUCACAAAAGUCGGAUGAAGCUCAGAUCGCUGGAGUAACCACUGAAUUGCAGAAUUCCUUAGAAAGGGGAGUUGUGGAGUUGAGUGAUUCUUCUGAUGUGGAUAUUAAGUCGAAUGCUGGAUCUUUGAGUUGUGAUGAAAAGAAUCCUGAGAAGAAUGGUGUAGGUGAUGGUGAUGCUGAUAGAAGUAGGAAUCUAUCUGAGGCUUUGAGUGGUAAAUUGGUAAGCGAAAAUGAUCUUGUUAUGAACAUGAACAGAGAUAAUUUGGGCAGUGCUGUGGGAAGAGAACAUGGCAAUUUGAAUUCUGAAAUCAGACAUAUGAAUAGGUCUUGGAGAUCUGGACAGAUGUCAGGCUGGGAGUGUGGGGAGAGAGGUGAAAUGGAGGGGUUUCAAAGAGUCUUGAGAACUGAGGUUGAAGGUGUGAGAUUUUCUACUUCAAACUACCCAGAUGAGGGCCCAUCUAAUUACAAUGUAGGUUCUUCCUAUGGUUAUGGAGAGCAUCACGAUGACCAUGAUUGGGCUAAUAAAGUUCAACACCUUGAAAAAGAUCGAGCAGAGCUUCUCAGGAAAUUGGAUGAGCUAAAGGAACAACUUAGUAGGUCCUAUGAUGUGGCUGAUAAAACCAACGAGAAGGUUCCUCUUAAUGCGAGGAUGGUACCACCAGAUCCUUAUGCUGGUUCUGAUACUUGGUUUCCUGGUGCUUCAUCAAUGCCUGAUAGGGCUUCGAUGCAGUUUUUUGCACCUGACAAACAUGCAGCUAGGCCUCCUUAUUUCCAUCAUCACCCUGGUCCAUUUUCAUAUACCAAUGCACAUGAAAUGGCCCUGCAUAAUUUUCAUCCUCCAAUGCACACGUCAAAUCAGAUUCCUGGGUAUGGGGAUCCAUUUGUGCCAAAAAGAGCUCCGCAUCAGUUAUCUGGACAAUGUCAACAACCCUCCCGUCAAUACUUCUCUAGACAUUUCUUUGAUACUAAUCCUAAUGCAUUUGAGCCACACACAUCCAAUGCAACAUUUCACCCGCCUUCAUGUUCUUGUUUCCAUUGUUAUGAGAGACAUCAGGGAGUCUCAGCACCAGUUCCACCCACCACUUUCUGUAAUAAAAGGUUCCCUGACGUUUCAAACAAUCCUAUGCCGUACCAUCAUGAAAACCCAGGGGCAUUUGGUCCACAUGUUCAUAAUGCCAGGACUACAAUUCCUCCUCAAUUGGAUUUUCGUGGUCCCCAAUCCCACACAAGAUGGCCAAGUGAUCCUAAGUCUGAAAUGGGUGGUUUUGCUCGCUAUCGGCCUCGGAGAGUGGUCUUAGCCAGUGGUGGUCAAUGCUGCCGUCCCAUAGUAGGUGGUGCUCCAUUUUUUAUGUGCUUUAAUUGCUUUGAACUGCUGCAAUUUCCCAAGAAAGCACUGCUUAUGGGGAAGAAUCAACAAAAGAUCAGGUGUGGUGCCUGUUCUACAGAAAUAAAUUUUGCUAUUGUAAACAAGAAACUUGUUCUUUCAGUUAACAUGGAAAUGACACAAAUUCCCACAGAGGUUGAUGAUAGCUCUACAGAGAUGCUUAAAGACAAUACUUCAUACUCUCAUGGCCAUAUGAGCAGGAUAAAUGCUAAUUUCUCUUCCGAUGAUUAUGAUAAUUCUGGUUAUGACUUCCAAGCAAUAGAUACAGAUUCAAUUGCAUUAUUAACUGGUCAGGGUUUGAACUCAAUGAAGCAUCAAGAAAUGAAUAGCUUCCAUGCUUCAUCUCCAAGUACAUCGGAGGAUGAAACUAGUCCAGAUGCUUUAAUUGCUCCAAUAGAGGUCAUCAACUCUGUUCAGCAGCCAAUUAAAGCUAUUGUAUCUCCACCACCUCCUGGUUCACCUCUUCAACAGCAUUUUGAUUAUUCUACUAACAAUAAUGUGGUGAACCGAUUUGGAAAAGGAAACCGAAGUAGUCGUUCAGAUCAAGAAAAAGUAAUAACAAGCAAAACUACCGCACGACAAAAUUCUAUGAAAGAGGCAUCUCUAGCUACUGAGAUAGAGGUCCCAUUCCAUGAGUACUCUAAUACUGGGGUGUCCCAAGAUUCUGGGGAUGCAAACAGGGAUGAUAGUCUGUUGAAAAUCAACAAAGGAGGCGAUUCAUUUUUUGCAAACAUCAUCAAGAAGAGCUUUAAGGAUUUUUCCAGAUCAAAUCAAAUAAAUGAGCAUGGUAGAAGUAAUGUUUCUGUGAAUGGCCAUCCAAUACCAGACCGUUUGGUUAAGAAGGCUGAGAAGUUAGCUGGACCAAUCCAUCCUGGACAAUAUUGGUAUGAUUUCCGAGCUGGAUUUUGGGGUGUCAUAGGUGGGCCUUGUCUUGGCAUAAUUCCUCGUUUUAUUGAAGAAUUCAAUUAUUCAAUGCCGGAAAAUUGUGCCGGUGGGAAUACCAGUGUUUUUGUAAAUGGUAGAGAACUUCACCAAAAAGAUUUGGAUCUGCUUGCUGGUAGAGGACUUCCAACUGAUAGAGACAGAUCUUACAUAAUUGAGAUCUCUGGAAGAGUCCUGGAUGAAGACACUGGUGAAGAGCUAGAUAGCCUUGGGAAGCUCGCUCCAACAGUUGAGAAGGUAAAGCAUGGGUUUGGCAUGAAAGUUCCAAAAGCAGCUGCGUAAUGAAACUGUAGGAGAUAUGAAGCUCUAAUGUGCCCUCUGGCAUGUGGUAAAAUCUUAAGCCUUCCUGUAGUGGAAUUUGAAACACCAUCUUAGCAGAUAUGUUUGAAGGAUAUGGACAGUUUUUCAGGCAUCCUGGUACAUAACGAUGCAAUGUUGGAUGGUAACCUAUUAAAUAUAAAGCUUCAUCUCUCGUCUUCUGAUUUUGUAUUGUGAUUGUUAUGUAGACAAUUGGCAGUGAUCUUGUGCUAUGUUUUGCAUUUGUGAAUGUAAUUAUUCAAUUCUUUUUCACAAUCAAACAUUUCGUUGUAUGUAGUUUGAGUUUAUCUGUAGAAUGGUAUUCAUCAAAGGUUGAAGUUAGUGAUCUAA